AAGGCUACACUGUGCAGUAGGCGUAUGUGGUAGUCGGCUAGGUUAAAACCAGAGACUAAAGUAAAUAUACCAAAAGCAAGUUAAAUAAAAUAAAACCUUUUCAUCUGUGAUGUGAUUCUAGCUAGCUGCGGCUAUUUGUAUUGUUUUGAAUUCUAAAAUUGUUUUUUUAAUUACAUGACUAUAGGUUAUUUGAGUCUAAUAUUCCAUAAAUAACUUGAAAAAGUUAUUAAAUAGUGUAGUCAUAAUCAUUUAGGUUUGUAAUAUAUUCAGCAUUAAGUUAAGUAUUUCCUUAAUGGGAAGCAUUGUAUGUGGAUUUUUGGAAUAUCCUCUUUAAUCUACAGUUGACUUGCAGUAUACAUUAACGAGGAGUAUAUCGUAUAUAGUGAGUCUAUUCUCUAGGAAGACAUAUCUUGAAAAAGAAAUAAGUAUAUGGUGAUUAGAAAUUCUCUAAACUUUGAAGUAAUAAAUGUUUACAAACGACUCAAAACGCUCGUCUGAUUAGACAAAUAGUUAAAUUAUUAUUUAUUUUCUGUAUACUAAACAUUUUCUAUUAAAUUAAAUUUUAAAACUACAUUGAUAAAAGUCCAUUGAUUCUAUAAGGCAUUUGUAUCAAUUUACUAAUCAGGUAUAUAAAAAUAAGUUUUGCAAAGCCUUAUUAGGCUUAAAGUAAGAUUGAAUAAGUGAUGAAAUGUAUACUCCCAAUGGUUCCUAAGGCAAAGUGAUAUGAUAUUUAUUCAGUUUAGAUAGUUUAACUAUCACAUAAUAUUUAUUUUUCUGUAUUUGUUACAGGUUGAUGAGUAGUCUUGUUAUUGCCUUUAGUUAUAAUUUUAAUAAAACAAAAAAAAAUAAAAAUAAUGUAAACUUCAAUAUAUUCUAGGUAACUUCAGACCUGUUUUCUUAGAUGUGAUAUAUAUUAGCAUUAAAUGCUGUGAUAAAAUAGUAUUAAGUAUAAGAUAAUUAUAAUACUUCUAGUAAAUUACAAUACAAAUCAUGGAUGAGAAACAUUUAAUGCACUUAAAUAUCAAAACUAUUACCGCAUCAAAAGCUGAAUAUUUUAAUUCAAGUGGAAGACCAACAAAUCAAAAGAUAAUAAAGUUUGGUCCACAACCUAAAUCUAUAGUAUCGCAAUUACUGAAAAAAAUGAAGCAAGAUGAAAGCAAUACUAUUGAUUUUGUUAAUAUUGGAUGUAAAAGUGAAUUCUCAGAGGCCUAUGGUGGUAAACAAAUAAUUCCCAAACAGAGUUCAAACAUUAAAAAAAGGAAGCAUAGUUGUUUAGAAUUAGAUCAGAAAGAUCCUGAAAGUAAAUUGCCUAUAACAACAGAUAAUAUACAUGCAAACAAUGGAAUUGAUGAAAUAUGCCCUUACAGUAAUGAAAAAGAACAUAAGAAAAUCAUAAAGACAUAUUGUGACAAACAAUUUGCCUGUGAUUAUCCUGAGUGUUCAUACAUUUGCAAGCUGUCUUCAAAUCUUAUAAAACAUAAACGGAUACAUACAUCAGAAAAACCUUACUUGUGUGACCAGUGUUCGUUUAGAUCUAACUUUGUUAAUUCAUUAAAAGUUCAUAAAAGAAUUCAUACAUCAGAGAGACCUUAUAGCUGCACCUAUUGCAACUAUAAAUGUAAUAGCAGUUCCAAUUUAAAGAAACAUUGUCGCCAUAGACAUUGGGAUUUAAUACCUGAUUAAUUAGUACUAAUCAGCUGGUGCUUUCUGCACUCUCAUCCUAUUUUUUGUUUAAUGACUUUAUAAAGGCCAACAGCAUUAUAAUGGUUUGAAUAAAUGCAUUAGCCAAUAUUGUAAUUGAUUCAUCCUGAUUACUCUUUAUUGGGUUUACAUUAAAUAAUUUGAUUAGGUUGUGUAGUGCACCAUUUCCCCAUGACCAAAAUGACAUCUUUUUUUUUUAAGGAUUGUUUCUUUUA